UUGUCCUAUGAAAUUUAUAUAGCAUUGAUUCCCAUUGGCCAUUGUAGUCAUAUCUAUUUUUGCAUAUUAGUUUACCCACUGCAACAAAACCAAGCCUAAACAACAGAAGCUUCAUUAUCAUAGAAGAAAAACAAUGGAGAAACACAGAGAACAAAAAGGUAGCCGCUUGGUGUUUGUGUUGUACCCAUUUCAAGGCCACAUCAACCCCAUGCUUCAGCUAGCAACUAUCAUGUACUCAAAAGGCUUCUCAAUCACCAUUGUUCAUCCACAAUUUAACUCUCCUGACCCAUCUAAACACCCCCAAUUCACCUUCACACCUAUCUCAGAUGACUUGUCCCAAGGCAAAGUCUCUCCUGCUGAUUUUUCUGGUGCCAUUUCAGCUCUUAACAAAAAUUGUGAAGAACCGCUUAAAGAAUGCAUACAAAAGAUGUUGAAAGCAGAGGAUACACGCGAUAGUAUCUCGUGUAUCAUUUAUGAUGGGCUCAUGUACUUUGCUCAAAGUGUUGCUGAUCAUCUGAAGCUACCAGGAAUGAGUUUACGUACAAGCGCUGCUGCCACAGUUUUAGCUUUUGCCGUGUUUCGUCGUCGCGAUGAGCAAGGCUAUAUCUCCUUCCUAGAUUUAAUGUCAAAAGACCAAGUGACCGAGCUCCAGCCCCUCCGGCUUAAGGACCUACCCAUAUUAAGGAAUCAGGACGUUGCUGAUUUGGUGCUGGAAUUGAGAGCCAAUCUGAGCGAUUCAGUGAAAAAGUCUUCAGCUUUAAUCGUGAAUACAAUGGAUUUUCUUGAACAGAAUGCACUCAAACAAAUUCAAGGACUUUUCCCUACUCCAAUUUUCACCGUAGGCCCUUUUCACAAAUUGGCUCCAAUCAUUUUCAGUUCAUUACUGAAGGAAGAUACUAAUUGCAUUUCCUGGCUAGACAGACAAGCUCCAAAGUCUGUCAUCUAUGUAAGCUUUGGGAGCCUUGCUAGCAUAGAUGAGAAGGAGCUACUUGAGACAGCUUGGGGGCUAGCCAACAGUGAUCAACCCUUCUUGUGGGUGGUUAGGCCUGGUUUGGUUCGUGGCUCGAAAUGUGCGGAACUAUUGCCAAAGAGUUUUGAAGAAAGAGUUGAAGAGCGGGGUUGCAUAGUGGAAUGGGCGCCACAAUUGGAAGUGCUAGCACAUGGUGCUGUGGGAGGGUUUUGGAGCCAUUGUGGUUGGAAUUCUACUCUCGAAAGCAUUUGCGAAGGAGUUCCAAUGCUGUGUAGGCCAUUUUUUGGUGAUCAGAACUUGAACGUGAGGUAUGUGUGUGAUGUGUGGAAAGUAGGCCUUGAAUUGGAGAAUGAGUUGGAGAGGGGGAAUAUAGAGAAAGCUGUAAGAACACUCAUGGUGAACACAGAAGGAGAGGAGAUGAGGAAGAGGGCUAUGCAUUUGAAAGAGAAAGUAAACCUCUCUGUGAGGGAAGGUGGUUCUUGCUACAAUUCAAUGAAUGAAUUAGCAGAUCAAAUGCUGUCACUUAGAUCUGAGUAGAGCUGUACUAGUAACAUAUUGAAA